GUCCUCUCUCGCCUUUACUCUUCGCCAUAUACUUAGAACCGCUUUGCUUAAGCGUGCUUUGCGACUCGAGCAUUAAAGGAUACAGGUAUGCCGAUGAGGAAAUUAAAGUGCUAGCUUAUGCAGAUGACAUUGCCUUCUUUUGCGUCGAUAAGCCAAGCAUUGCCAAGGCAAUAGACGCUACCCUGCGUUUCUGUGAGACUGCAGGAGCUACUGUAAAUUUUGACAAAAGUAGAGGCUUUUGGCUAGGCAUGUGGGCGCUCACUCCCUCUGUAUUCGCGAAUAUUCAUUGGAAUCAGUCUCCGUUGCGAUAUCUUGGAGUACCUCUCGAUAACUUCCGUAAUAGUGGACCUCAUUGGACGUCCGCGAUAACCACUAUUCGUCGAAAGGUGACAACCUGGCAGGGACGUGAUCUCUCCAUUUUUGCGAGAGCUAAGGCAUGCAAUACAUUUCUCGCUUCGAAGCUUCUUUAUGUUCUGCAGGUCUUGCACUGCUCACGUGUCCAUGUCCAGGCAUUUCAUAGAAUAUUUGCAUGUUUUAUUUGGCAUUCAUCAUGGGAUGCCAUGAGAAGGGACAACCUUCUUUUCCCGCUUGAAAAGGGAGGCCUGGGUCUUGUGCAUUUGUUUGUGCGACAAUUGGUCAUGCGCUUAUUUUACCUUAAAAAUGUCCGUCAUCCAUUCCUUCUCGCAGUUCAUCCAGCACGUCUUGCGUCACACCUCCCUUUUCUUUUUGUCACGACAAACUUUGCUCAAGAACUACCGUUAUGGGGCUUCCUAAAGGAACUUGUCGACGCUAUUUCAUUCUUAAAAGCCAGAUUCACCCUUGAAUAUUUGUUUACCGUUAAUCGCACGUCGCUAAAUGUAGCGCUUACAGAUAACCUUUUCCCUGAACCUCUGUACCGAAAGCCGUAUCUGUCUCUAUUUGGUCAAGAUGUUCUUUGCCGUGUCCGUAGAAUGUGCAUUGCGCCUGCAGCGAAAACGUUUUUCUUUAAGCUGCACACCUCCACACUGCCAGUUAAAACGUGGCUUCAGGAAAAAGGACUGUUCGUACCCUGGAAUACAAAUUGCAGACUUUGCAAUCAACCCGAGACAAUAGAGCAUUGCUUUAUACUUUGUCGUGAUGCAUUUCAUUUUUGGGACAUUCUACGAAGAACUCUCAAAAAAGACUUUCCUCUCACAUAUUAUGGUAUCCGGUUCCUUCCUUUCAAAAGACAGCCAGUAAUACACCAUACGAUUUGUUUGUUAUUAGGACUUUAUUCAUUAUGGAGAAGUCGAAUGAACGACAGACAUGCCGAGCCACCUCACUCAACAAGGUCUAUCUUCCGUGAAGAAACUGCUCAAGUCCGUAGUGUGGUUUCUACAUAUGAUCCCGUACCUGAGUGGAUUUCUCGUCUGGACGCUUGUGUUUGUUUGCCAGAAUUUUGAACUGUCAUGGGACUGCAUACUGUGUGUGAAUUUUUGUGUGUGUGUGUAUGUUCAUAUGUAAUGUAACUGCAUUGAUUUGACACUACCAAUAUUUCCAUGCAACAAAGAAAAAAAAAAGAACUCAUGGCUGAAUGGUAGCGUCUCCGUCUCACACUCCGGAGACCCUGGUUCGA